AGGUUCAGACCGGAAGAAUUCUGUGUCUUGCUCGACGCUGGUCCGGGCAGCCUUUCAGCUCAUAGAACUGCAGAGAAGAUGGCGGCGCUACGAGUCGUGGUGCUAUCGGGGGGUUGUAGGGCUCUCCUCAGCACGCCGAAAACUAUCAAGACCCCAAUGGCCAACAUGUCCUUUGCCAGCCUGCCGAGGAACAAGAAGGUUGCCUUGACGACACUAGGUGUGGUCACAGCCGGUGGGGCGGGGCUCGCUCUGAUGCUGCACCAGUCCGUUAAAGCCUCCGACCUGGAGCUCCACCCCCCUCAGUACCCCUGGAGCCACGCUGGACCUCUGUCCUCUUUGGACCACGCUAGUAUUCGUCGUGGUUACCAGGUGUAUAAGCAGGUGUGUUCAGCCUGCCACAGUAUGGAGUACCUGGCCUUCAGAAACCUGGUGGGAGUGUCGCACACAGAGGCAGAGGUUAAGACCAUCGCUGAGGAGGUUGAGGUAGUGGAUGGUCCUGAUGAGAAUGGAGAGAUGUUCACCCGGCCAGGAAAGCUGUCGGACUAUUUUCCAAAGCCCUACCCCAACCCCGAGGCAGCCCGCGCCGCCAACAACGGAGCCCUGCCUCCAGAUCUCAGCUACAUUGUCAAUGCCAGACAUGGAGGAGAGGACUAUGUAUUCAGCCUGCUGACAGGAUACUGCGAACCUCCAGCAGGAGUGAUGGUGAGAGAGGGACUGUACUACAACCCAUACUUCCCAGGCCAGGCCAUUGGCAUGGCCCCGCCCAUCUACAACGAGGUGCUGGAGUUUGAGGACGGAACGCCUGCCACUAUGAGCCAGGUUGCUAAAGACGUGUGUACUUUCUUGAGAUGGGCUGCUGAGCCGGAGCAUGACCAACGCAAACGCAUGGGACUGAAGUUGCUAAUGGGCUCGGCCAUCAUCAUCCCUCUGCUCUACUACAUGAAGAGACAUCGGUGGUCUGUGCUGAAGAGCAGGAAGAUCGCCUACAGGCCUCCGAAGUAAACGGAAACAAACACAUCCCUACCUGGGCUUAAAACCUACCACAGAGAGGGCUGCGUUCAAUGACCCCCCAACGCUCUCCUCAUAAUGAUCAUGCGGACACAGAACAACUGACAAACACACACAUGCCUUUCUAAGAGGGGAUGGAGAAAUAAGAGUACAUAUAUAUAUACUAUAUUUAUUCUUACAGAAAAAUGCCUUUUUUAGUUGUUGGCGUGGUAGAACUAAUUGUGUGACAGAUUUCCCUACAUCUGGAAUAUUGUGGUGCAAGUUUGGGUCAGAGAGUUGUGGCGUUCUUGAACGCACCUUCCACAAAGUUUAUGUUUGGUUUAUCUGCAUCGAGUCAUUGCUGGUAGCAGUUCCCAUCUCGACAUCUCGUAUCAAAUCAGACACUUUGUCACAAUUGACUGAAGUUGAUUGAUCGGCCAUCUUUAUAAGAUACUCAAUAACCACAGAAGCGCUGAGAAAUGGUUGCCAUCAAAGUUUGUAACAUCCUGGGUGUGUGUAAAUCCAUCCUCCCGUCCUGUCCACACAGCCACUCAGUGGAUCAAAUGCAGCCUCUGAACCUCUGUUUUACUGUACAAAAUAAAUUAUCUUAAAGGAAA